AUGACAACACAAUAUAACUUAGAAAAUAUCAAAACAAAAGAAGGUAAAACACCAAGAAUUAUACCAAAACAAUGUAGGUUGUUAAUGAGAAGUUUUGAAGAAUUACAUGAUUCAGUUAGACCACCUAUUCCAGUAAAGAAGUAUGUAGUUUCUCCUGUUGGUCAAAAUCUAAUCAAUUUAUCGUUAACUGAAGAAGAACAAGAGGUUAUUAAACAAAGUACUAGGGCAACACCUGAAAAUGUAGUUGAAGUAAAUACGAAUAAUCAACUUAUUAAUCAACGUUCAAAAAGUUGUAGAACUCUUAAAGAGAAUGAAGAGGCUGAUAAAAUGAUUGAAAAAGGAGAAUUACCACCAAUUGAUCUUCCACAUCCUAAAAGAAAAGAUAUGAAAACAACACGAUUUCUUACUGAUAAAUUGUUCAAUAAAAAUAUCAAAUAA